AUGCUGCACUAUGCGCCCUUAGUGCUCGACAGCUCGAGUCUUCUGGACUCCAAAAAACUCAUCCGGGAGAAAAUCGUGCCUUGGGAAGGCCUUGCACGUGCCGGCGUGAUUUCCGCCGACCAGGCCAAUCUAAUCAAAGUCUUGGAAACGCAGAAUCAUGAUUCCAAAAGAACCACGGUUUUGGGCUCCCAACAAAUGUACGCCCGCACGCUUUUGAACUUGUUGAGCAAGUUGGACGUGGACGCACGUGACGACGUGUUGAAAUGCGUGCUCGUAUUGCUCAAUGACCUACUUGUAGAUGCCCAAGCGGAGCUGUUUGCAGAUGCGCUUUUGGAGCUUUCGUCGGUGGACGUGGCGUUGCCAUACACGCCGUUCGUCAAGCAUUUGGACAACACAGACCCGCUCAUCAAAACGUUGAGUUUUUACAACGUCACGGUUUUGCUCAGCAAGGCCGCCAAAGUGGGAAACGGAGCGCACUCAGAAACGCUCAUCAAACUCUUCAGCGUCGUAUGUCUGAAGCAGUUUAUCGGCAACACCCAGGACAGCAAUGUGCAGUCGAUCGGCGUGCAGUUGUUGCAGGAGCUCUUGGUCAACAAGCCGUACCGGGUGGUAUUCCAGGAACACAACUUGGCGACAAAUGCCAAGACACUCGUCAGGUUGAUCGACACGCUGGCCAAGCAGCCCAACUCCGUGAAUUUGCAGUUGUUGUACAACACGUUGUUGACCGUGUGGAUCUUGAGUUUCUCGCCGCUGCUCAACAAGGUGCUUGUGCACAGCUUCCCUAGCAUUGUGGGAAGCUUGUUGACCAUUGCCAAAGAGGGCAUCAAGCUUAAGGUCGUGCGUGUGGCCGUCUCCACUGCAAGAAACUUCGUGUCCUUCACUGUGUCUCUGGCCGAGCAGUUCAGCGUGGUCAAAUUGUUGUUGUUUCACGACGGCUUGAAUGUGGUCAAGACGAUCCAAACCCGCAAGUUUGCGCUGGAGUCCAGUGACGAGGAGUUGGCCGGCGACUUGGCUUAUCUCAACGAGGCAUUAAGCGAGGUGGUCACCACCAAAUUGACUUCUUUGGACGCGUACUUGGUGGAGUUGGAGAACCCGGACUUGUUGAGCUGGGCCUCGCCCACCCAUAAAUCCGAGGACUUCUGGCGCGAAAACGCUGGCAAGUUCCGGGAGAACAGCUUUGCGUUGGUCAGGCGCAUGAUGGAUAUCUUGGCUGCAGAGGACACUGGAUCCACGGCCCCCGCCCGCGUGAUCUUGUUGAACGACUUGCAGUUUUUGAUCCGCAACAUCGGCACAGAUUUGGUCAACUUCAUCAACACCGAGAAAGACAGCCAGUACAAGAUGAUGGUGAUGGGGUUCUUGGAAAACAGUGACGGCGACAACGAGUUGAAAUACGAGGCGUUGCGCACGAUCCAGUACUUGGUGGGUCACGCAUAA